AUGUCGAUGCGGACUCUGGCCAUGCGGCAGAGACUCAAAAUUAUUCUACUUCUCAGUGCGGGAGGCGUGGCGACGGCAACAACGGCCUACAGGAUGGUCAAGAAUAUUCAAUUCCUCGGCUCGACGGAUCUGACCAAGGACUUUACCAUUUUGUCCAUUUUCACUCUUUUGGAGCUCUCUAUUGGCCUCGCUUGUGCCUGUCUCCCAUCUGUCAACGUCUUGGUGAGAACUCUGCAAAACCGGAGCAGCGGAGCUCACCGGAACCCCAACGUUCCCAGAACAAGCUCCCCCAGCAGGCGGCUCAAUAACCGACACUGCGAGACUUCGGCCAACCUGACGACGCUGCGGUGGCUAUCCAAGGUGUCUAAGAGCACAAUGACGAGUAUACAACCCAGCCCGUAUGGCGAGACUCGCGACCACAGCAGCCGUGGUUCUACAAUGGUCCACACCGAUGUGAAUGAAGGGCUGCCGCGACGGGGUUCUGGUUAUGAGGCCGACUUGGCGAUUUCCUGUGGGAGUCCCAUUGAGAAGUGUCUUUCGGGAACAGAGGGCAGCACCAUUGAUCCAAAACAUGAUGAGGAAGCAAGAGGGUAUUAG